AUGGACGAAGACUACGACGUUAUCGUGUUGGGCACCGGACUCACAGAGUGCAUCUUGUCGGGUGUAUUGUCCGUAGAGGGCAAGAAGGUGUUGCACAUUGACCGGCAGGACCACUACGGUGGUGAGUCCGCGUCAGUGACGUUAUCGCAGCUCUACGCGAAGUUUAAGCAGAACCCGCUCACAAAGGAAGAUAUUGAGCAGAAGUUUGGGCGCGACAGGGAUUGGAACGUGGACCUAAUCCCGAAGUUCCUGAUGGCAAACGGCGAGCUGACGAACAUUCUCGUGCACACGGAUGUUACGCGGUACGUGGAGUUCAAGCAAGUGAGCGGGUCGUAUGUUUACAGCAAGGGUAAGGUCUACAAGGUCCCUGCCAACGAGAUGGAGGCGAUUUCAUCGCCCUUCAUGGGCAUAUUUGAGAAGCGGCGCAUGAAGAAGUUUCUAGAGUGGAUUGGCGACUACAAGGAGGACGACCCAAAGACGCACCUCGGCCUAGAUUUGGACAAUAACACGAUGGAGGAGGUUUACUACAAGUUUGGCUUGGGCAGCAGCACAAAGGACUUCAUUGGACACGCGAUGGCUUUGUGGACCAACGACGACUACCUGCAGCAGCCUGCGCGCCCCACGUUUGAGCGGAUUGUGCUGUACGUCCAGAGUGUUGCGCGUUAUGGCAAGUCCCCAUACCUCUACCCGUUGUAUGGCCUUGGUGAGCUUCCACAGGGCUUCACACGUUUGUCCGCCGUCUUUGGCGGAACCUACAUGCUAAAUACGCCUGUUGACAAGGUUCUGUACACUGAGGACGGGAAGUUCAAGGGUAUUGUCACGAAGGAGGGCACUGCUCGCGCCCCGCUGGUGAUUGCAGACCCCACCUAUUUCCCAGACAAGUGUCAAUCCACUGGACAGAAAGUCAUCCGCGCCAUCUGUAUUUUGGAUCACCCUGUUCCUAACACGGCCAACGCGGACUCCUGCCAGAUUAUUAUACCUCAGUCACAGGUGGGCAGGAAGAACGACAUAUACAUUGCCGUCGUUUCAGACACCCACCACGUUGCCUCCAAGGGCUACUACCUGGCGAUUGUUUCCACCAUCAUCGAGACUGAUAAGCCACAUAUAGAGUUGGAACCUGCCUUCAAGAUUCUAGGCAACAUUGAAGAGCGCUUCAUGGGCAUUGCUGAAAUCUUUGAACCCAAGGAGGACGGCUCCAAAGACAAUAUCUACUUAUCGAAGUCGUACGACGCAUCUUCUCACUUCGAGUCCAUGACUGAUGAUGUGAAGGACAUAUACUUCAGGGUUACCGGCCAGCCGCUAGUCCUGAAGAAAAGAGAAGAUGCCGAACCUGAGCAGUGA